UACCUUAAAUCCAACCCCAUUAAUAUCUCUUUCUCUCUCUCUAUAUAUAUCCCCCAUCUUUAUUCUGUUAUUCAUUACAUCCAUUUGUUCUGAAUCCUCUUUCUCUCUCUCUCUUUUCUAUAAUAGUGUUUGUGUCUGCUACUGUGCACGAAACCUAAGGGAAUGGCUGCUGAGGUUAGCUCCCUGGUUCGGAUUAUGAACGCUUACAAGAAGAAUCAGCCGGUGAUGAACGAAUCCGGCGGCGGUGGGAAAUCGGCGGUGCUGAUUACUCGAGACUUGCUUGGGGGUGAUUGUGCGCUUGAUUCCAAAGAAUUGGACCUCGAUUUGCAAGUCCCCUCUGGCUGGGAAAAGCGUCUCGACUUGAAGUCAGGAAAAGUUUAUGUCCAAAGAUGCGACUCUCCAAACUCGUCAUCUUUAUCAUCAGACCAUAAGCACCAGACAGAUGAAAUAGUUCCAAAGCUUCAAGACCUAAACUUCCCUCCUUCAUCGAAACAACCAUUAAACCUCUUCGACGACACCAGCUUAGACCUAGAGCUUGUUUCAACAUCAUCAGCGAAGUACCAAAGUGUAUGCACUCUGGAUAAAGUGAAAUCCGCUCUUGAAAGAGCAGAGAAAGAAACAAUCAAGAAGCGGUCAAUAUCAAUGUCACAAUUAUCGUCACCAUCUUCCAAUUCUUCAUCUUCAAUCAAAGAAACCGAAACGGAAUACGAGGACAAAUUGCCAUCGUCGUUUGCAGCUGGCUGCCCAAGUUGCCUGCUUUACGUGCUGAUAUCAAAAAACAACCCCAAGUGCCCUCGGUGCAAUAUGAUUGUUCCGUCACCCGUUGCAAUGAAGAAACCUCGGAUUGAUCUCAAUAUAUCAAUAUGAGAAGAUGAGGCUCCGUUUGUGGUUAAAUCCAAUUAUUUUCAUUUUUGUAAAUGAUAGAAGAUAGUUUUGUAGGUGAAAAAGUGGAAUAAUAUACAUUUGAAGGGUUGGUGUCCUCUAUUAAAAGUAGCAAAGAUAAGUUUUUCAUGGUUUUCCUCUCCA